CUCUUUCAAUGCUAUCACUUUGCCGCCUCUCUUUCUUUAUAUAUUCUAACUCAACACCCCUUUCUUUUCUCUCCUAUCUCUCUCUCUAUCUCUCUCUCUCUAACAUCAUCUUUUUCAUUAUUAGGACCCAUCCCCAUCCAUGGCUCCCUCUUUCGACAUAACUACUCACACUGUUUGUGUUAUGGACGCUUCGGGCCUAUUGGGCUUUAGCCUGGCCCAAAGACUUCUUCAAAGGGGCUACACCGUUCAUGCCUCACUUCAAAAAUAUGGGGAAGAAGAUCUAUUAAAUGGGAUUUCUGUUGAUCCUAAUAAGCUAAAGAUUUUUCGAUCAGACCCUUUUGAUUAUCAUAGCAUAACUGACGCUCUUAAAGGUUGCUCUGGCUUGUUCUACUCAUUUGAACCUCCCCUUGAUCAACCUAAUUAUGAUGAAUACAUGGCUGACGUGGAGGUUCGAGCGGCACACAACGUGCUUGAAGCUUGUGCACAGAUUGAAACAAUUGAUAAAGUUGUUUUCACAUCCUCAGCAACUGCUGUAGUUUGGAGGGAGGAUCGUAAAACCAUUGAACAUGAUUUGGAUGAGAUACAUUGGAGUGAUGUCAAUUUCUGUCGCAAAUUCAAGUUAUGGCAUGGGAUGUCAAAGACACUAUCAGAGAGGACAGCAUGGGCCUUAGCAAUGGACAGAGGUGUGAAUAUGGUCUCUAUUAAUGCUGGAUUAUUGAUGACUCAUGAUCUCUCCCUCAAACACCCUUACUUGAGAGGAGCUGCUGAAAUGUACGAAGAUGGAGUCUUUGUGACCGUUGAUUUGAAAUUCUUGGUUGAUACUCACAUCUGUGUCUACGAGGAUGUUUCAUCCUACGGUCGUUAUUUGUGCUUCAAUCACAUUAUUAAUACUCAAGACGACGCCGUUCAACUUGCCCAACAGUUAACGCCUACCGCUUCUUCUUCUUUACCCCAAAGUGAUGACUAUGGUAAGAGUUUCAUCGAACAGAAAAUAAGCAACAAGAAGUUGAACAAAUUGAUGGUGGACUUUGACGCUUAACUUCAAUGGUUAAUCAAUUAGUUAUCUUUUUGGACGGUUAUUAGUAACCUAAGCUGUUCUUCUGCGGGAAAUCAUUCAUAUGUACAAUUUUACAAUAGUUGUGUACGUAAAAGCUCACAUAUUGCAUACAACAAAUUAAUGUUGUUUAAUCAAUCAAUAAUUUAUUUAUUUAUUAGAUUUAAAUAUACUUUUGAUCAUUUAAUUUUU